AUGACAGCAACCGGACUGGAUCCACGCGUGGUGCUCCUGGUCUGCUACGCCUCUUUCGUGGCGUGCAAUACGUUUGCAUUCACCGAGGAGCCCUCUGAGAGAGCCGGGAAGGCGGACGGGUAUUGCAGCCGGGUGUUGCGGGCUCAGAGCAACCGGAGAGAAAGCAACAACGAGUUUCGCCUCCGCGUUGAGGGAGACCCGGAGAGCUACCAGCCGGGGAGCACAUACAGAGUGACAGUGACUGCAUCCACUCCCUCCUACUUCAGGGGCUUUACCCUCAUUGCCCUGAAGGAGGGUACAGAAGGAGACAAGGACGAGGACUAUGCUGGAAAUUUCCAGAUAAUAGAUGAGGAGGAGACACAGUUUAUGACUAACUGUCCCCCUGCAGUGACAGAGAGCACUCCCCGCAGGCGUACCAGUAUCCAAGUGUUUUGGACUGCGCCCCCUAGUGGCUCUGGCUGUCUUUUACUCAAGGCUAGCAUUGUGCAGAAGAGGAUCAUCUAUUUCCAGGAUGAAGGUGCACUGACCAAGCGAAUGUGUGAGAAAGAAUCGCUAUAUGGAGAUGCUACUGAUAAACCUUUGCUUGACUGUUGUGCCUGCGGGACGGCAAAGUACAGAGUCACCUUCUAUGGGAACUGGUCAGAGAAGAUUCAUCCCAAAGACUAUCCCCGUCGUGCCAAUCACUGGUCAGCAAUUAUUGGUUCAUCCCACUCCAAGAAUUAUGUGCUUUGGGAAUACGGCGGCUUUGCCAGUGACGGAGUUAAACAGGUGGCUGAGCUGGGCUCCCCCGUCAAAAUGGAGGAGGAGAUUAGACAGAAGGGUGAUGACGUCCUCACAGUCAUCAAAAUGAAAGCACAGUGGCCAGCCUGGCAGCCCCUUAAUGUGCGUGCUGCUCCUUCAGCUGAAUUCUCAGUGGACCGGUCCCGCCACCUUAUGUCCUUCUUAACCAUGAUGGGACCCAGUCCAGACUGGAAUGUGGGUCUGUCUGCAGAGGACUUGUGCACCAAAGAGUGUGGCUGGGCUCAGAAGGUGGUGCAGGACCUGAUUCCCUGGGAUGCCGGUACUGAUAGUGGGGUUUCUUACGAGUCUCCCAACAAACCAGCAGUGCCCCAGGACAAGAUCCGUCCACUGACCAGUCUGGAUCAUCCGCAAAGCCCAUUUUAUGAUCCUGAGGGAGGUGCUAUCGUUCCUGUGGCUAGAGUGGUGGUGGAACGCAUUGCCAGAAAGGGGGAACAAUGCAACAUUGUUCCUGAUAAUGUGGACGACAUUGUUGCAGAUAUUGCACAGGAAGAGAAAGAGGAAGAUGACACUCCUGAAACAUGCAUCUACUCCAACUGGUCUCCAUGGUCUGCAUGCAGCUCGGCUACUUGUGACAAAGGCAAACGGAUGAGGCAGAGGAUGCUGAAGGCCCAGUUGGACCUGAGUGUUCCCUGUCCACACACUCAGGAUUUUGAGCCAUGCAUGGGGCCUGGAUGCAGUGAUGAGGAUGCCUCCACUUGUAUGAUGUCAGAAUGGAUCACUUGGUCUCCAUGUAGUUUGUCCUGCGGAAUGGGCACACGCUCUCGGGAGCGGUACGUUAAACAGUUCCCAGAUGACGGUUCAGUGUGCACUCUUCCCACAGAAGAGACUGAGAACUGUGUGGUUAAUGAGGAAUGCUCUCCCAGCAGCUGUCUGGUGACAGAGUGGGCCGAAUGGGAUGUCUGCAGUGCUACAUGUGGUCUCGGCAUGAAGAGGAGGGAGCGCAUGGUGAAGAUGCCUCCUGCCGAUGGCUCCAUUUGUGAGGCCGAGGUUCUAGAAGUGGAAAAGUGCAUGAUGCCAGAAUGUCAUACAAUCCCAUGCCUGCUGACUCCGUGGUCUGAAUGGAGUGACUGCAGUGUGACAUGCGGGAAGGGUUUGAGGACACGGCAGCGCAUGCUGAAAUCACCUGUGGAACUAGGAGAGUGUAUAGAAGAGUUGGAACAGGUGGAGAAGUGCAUGCUACCAGAGUGUCCCAUUGACUGUGCCAUGUCAGAGUGGACCGAGUGGUCAGAGUGCAAUAAGUCUUGUGGGAAAGGUCACACAAUCCGGACUCGCAUUGUGAUGCUGGAACCUCAGUUUGGCGGAGACCCCUGCUCUGAAACCAUCCAAAGAAAGAAAUGUAAGAUUAGGAAGUGCACUCGAGGACAAGGCAACAGUGACGAGAAGAGGAGACGCAAGGAGCAGCGUGAGAAACGGAGGAGCAAACAGGAUAGAGCCGAGGGAACAUCAGAGCACCCGGGGUGUAGAAUGAGACCAUGGUCAAGCUGGACGGAAUGUACCAAGCUAUGUGGUGGAGGUAUUCAAGAACGGCUCAUGACAGUGAAGCAGAAGUUUAAGACUGCCCAGCUGUCCAGCUGCAAAGACAGGAAGGAGAUCAGAGCAUGCAAUGUGCACCCCUGUUAG